AUGUCUAGCAACAGCACAUCGCCCGACGGCUACGCCGAGGGUAGUUACUGGUACUAUGCGCCUAAUAAAGGCGCCCCCAUCGCAUUUGCGGUACUAUUCGGUAUCUCUGGAAUAGUUCAUGCCUAUCAGUGCUUUAAGUAUCAUUGCUGGAAAGUUGGUGGUCUACUUCCUUGGGCUGCGACUCUCUUUGUAGGGGCGUUCGUGGCUCGGGAAAUCGGAGCUUACAACUAUGACAACCUUGGCGUUUUUAUUGCUAGUACUGUUUUAUUCCUGAUUGCCGCCCCUGUGUAUGAGGGAGCGAAUUACUUUCUUUUGGGAAGGAUCUUGUACUACGUCCCGUACAACUCCCCACUUCAUCCCGGGCGUGUCGUGUCAACUUUCGUUGGGAUCGACCUCAUUAUUGGAGUGCUUACCGGGGUUGGUACCCCACGCGUCGCCAAUUCAUCUCUUUCUCAAAGCGAAAUCAAUUUGGGAAAGAAUCUACUGAAGGCCGCGCUGUUACUCCAGAUUGCGUCCAUGUGUAGUUUCGUCGCCGUCACUGCGCGAUAUCACUACAGAUGCUACAAGACGGGAACGCUUCCAAAUAACUUGCGCACGGUUCUCAUUGUUCUUUACAUCAGCUGCACGCUCAUCACGGUCCGUACCAUAUACCGUACCGUGGAGUACUUUGAAGCCGCCAGCUUAAAUGUUCGCUCCGACAUCAUCCACAUUAGUCCGCUGCUAAAGCGCGAGUUUUACUUCUGGGUAUUUGAAGCGAUGUUCAUGUUCUCGAACACGGUCCUUCUGAACACAUUCCAUCCUUCACGUUUCCUACCCGUUAACAACAAGAUAUACCUCGCACGAGACGGAGUUACAGAGAUUGAAGGUCCAGGAUACGAGGACAAGAGACAUUUCCUUUUGACUCUUUUUGAUCCUUUCGACAUCGUCGGCAUCAUUACCAAAAGGGAUAAGACAGAGAAGUUUUGGGAGAAUGUUGACAGCAAGGGUAACGUCGAGGCCUGA